AUGACCUCAAGCUUGGCCUCCUGCAUCUUUUGCAAGAUCAUCAAGGGUGAGAUCCCGUGCUUCAAGCUCUUCGAGAGCGACAAGACGCUCGCUUUCCUCGACAUUAACCCCUUGAGUCGCGGCCACGCUCUUGUCAUUCCCAAAUAUCACGGCGCUAAACUGUCCGACGUCCCCGACGAGCACUUGUCGGAAAUUCUGCCCAUCGUCAAGAAGCUUGUUACCGCGAGCGGAGCAGAGGACUACAAUGUCCUCCAGAACAACGGUCGCAUUGCGCACCAGAUGGUCGACCACGUUCAUUUCCACAUGAUCCCAAAGCCAAACGAGACCGAGGGUCUGGGCGUUGGCUGGCCUCAGCAGGCUACCGAUAUGGACAAGCUCAAAGCCCUCUUCGAAGAGCUCAAGUCCAAAAUGUAA